CUUUCUCGCCGCUGUGCCUCGUCCCCAUGGACGCCCUGUGCGGCUCCAAGUUCUGGGAGGUCUCGACCUAUUGGCAGAAUCAGCCUUGAUCUGAUGGCUCCAAGAAGCUCCUGGGAGGCUGAUGAGGGCUCAGAAACCUGAAGGCCCUGACCAUGAGAGCUGUCCAAAGAUGGCAUUGAUUGCCUGAGAAGUCGUGAGCUCCCAUCAUUGGGGGUGUAUAAGCACAUGGACUCCAAUCUGUCAGUGCACACAGACCACCCGGACCUCACCCCCUGCUUCCAGAACUCCCUGCUGGCCUGGGUCCCCUGCGUCUACCUGUGGACUGCCCUGCCCUGCUACCUGUUCUACCUGUGGCAUCACCGCCGAGGCUACAUUGUCCUCUCGCACCUCUCCAGGCUCAAGACGGUCUUGGGUGUCCUGCUGUGGUGCGUCUCCUGGGCUGAGCUCUUCUACUCCUUCCAUGGCCUGGUCCAUGGCUGGGCCCCUGCUCCUGUCUUCUUUGUCACCCCCUUGGUGGUGGGGGUCACCAUGCUGCUGGCCACCCUGCUGAUCCAGUAUGAGCGGCUACAGGGGGUGCAGUCCUCAGGGGUCCUCAUCAUCUUCUGGUUCCUGUGUGUGGUCUGCGCCAUCAUCCCCUUCCGCUCCAAGAUCCUUUCAGCUGUGGAAAAGGGCAAGAUCUUGGACCCCUUCCGCUUCACCACCUUCUACAUCUACUUUGCCCUGGUGCUCCUUGCCUUCAUCUUGUCCUGCUUCAGGGAAAAGCCACCGUUUUUCUCCCCCAAAAAUGCCGACCCUAACCCCUGCCCAGAGGCCAACGCUGGCUUCCUCUCCCGUCUGUUUUUCUCGUGGUUCACAAAGAUGGCCAUCCUCGGCUACCGGCGUCCCCUGGAGGAAGAGGACCUCUGGUCCCUGAACAGGGAGGAUCACUCUGAGGUGGUGGUGCAGAGGCUGCUGGAGGCCUGGAAGAAGCAUCAAAAGCAGGCAGCACGACACAAGGCCGCGGUGGCAUCUGGGAAGACAGUCUCCAGUGAGGAUGAGGAGCUGCUGGGGGACCGGCCCAGGCCCCGGGAGGCCUCCUUCCUGCAGGCCCUGCUGUCCACCUUUGGCCCCACCUUUCUCCUCAGCAUGUGCUUCAUGUUGACCCAGGACCUGCUCUCCUUCGUCAAUCCACAGCUGCUCAGCAUCCUGAUCAGAUUUAUUUCAAACCCCAUGGCCCCCACCUGGUGGGGCUUCCUGGUAGCCGGGCUGAUGUUCGUGUGCUCCUUGAUGCAGACUGUGAUCUUACACCAGUAUUACCACUGCAUGUUUGCGAUGGGAUUGAGACUUCGUACGGGGAUCAUAGGUGUCAUCUACAGGAAGGCUCUGGUUAUCACCAGCUCAGUCAAACGUGAGUCCACUGUGGGAGAAAUGGUCAACUUCAUGUCUGUGGAUGCCCAGCGCUUCAUGGACCUUGCCCCCUUUCUCAACCUGCUGUGGUCAACACCUCUGCAGAUCAUACUGGCAAUCUACUUCCUCUGGCAGAACCUGGGUCCCUCCGUUCUGGCUGGAGUUGCUCUCAUGAUCUUGCUGAUCCCACUCAAUGGAGCUGUGGCCAUCAAGAUGCGUACUUUCCAGGUGGAACAAAUGAAGUUCAAGGACUCCCGCAUCAAGCUGAUGAGUGAGAUCCUGGGUGGCAUCAAGUUGCUGAAACUAUAUGCCUGGGAGCCCAGCUUCUUACGGCAGGUGGAGGGCAUUCGACAAGAUGAGCUCAGACUGCUGCGCCGUAGCUCCUACCUUCACGCCAUGACCAUCUUCAUCUGGAUCUGCACUCCCUUCCUGGUGACCCUCAUCACCCUCGGUGUGUACGUGUCCGUGGACCCGAACAACGUGCUGGACGCCGAGAAGGCCUUUGUGUCUGUGUCCCUGUUCAAUAUCUUGAAGAACCCCCUCACUAUGCUGCCCCUUGUGAUCAGCCACCUGACCCAGACCAGCGUGUCUCUGAAACGGAUCCAGCAUUUCCUGAACCAAGAUGAAAUUGACCCCCAGUGUGUGGAAAGAAAGAGCAUCACUCCAGGCUAUGCCAUCAUCAUAGACAGUGGCACCUUUACCUGGGCCAAGGACCUGCCCCCGACCCUGCACAGCCUAGACAUCCAAGUGCAAAAAGGGGCACUGGUGGCCGUGGUGGGGCCCGUGGGCAGUGGGAAGACCUCCCUGGUGUCUGCCCUGCUGGGAGAGAUGGAGAAGCUGGAAGGCAAGGUGUAUAUGAAGGGCUCCGUGGCCUACGUGCCCCAGCAGGCGUGGAUUCAGAACCGCACUCUUCAGGAAAAUGUGCUGUUUGGACAAGCCCUGGACCCUAAGCGCUACCAAAAGGCUCUGGAGGCCUGUGCCCUGCUAGCUGACCUGGAAGUGCUGCCUGGUGGGGACCAGACAGAGAUUGGAGAGAAGGGCAUUAACCUGUCUGGGGGCCAGCGGCAGCGGGUCAGUCUGGCCCGAGCUGUUUACAGUAACGCUGACAUUUUUUUGCUGGAUGACCCACUAUCAGCUGUGGACUCGCACGUGGCCAAGCAUAUCUUUGACCAAGUCAUCGGGCCAGAAGGUGUGCUGGCAGGCAAGACACGGGUAUUGGUGACGCACGGCAUCAGCUUCCUGCCCCAGACAGACUUCAUCAUAGUGCUAGCUGACGGACAGGUGUCUGAGGUGGGCACCUAUCCAGCCCUCCUGCAGCGCAAUGGCUCCUUUGCCAACUUCCUCCACAACUAUGCACCUGAUAAUGGCGAGGAGCACCUGGAAGAGGACAGCAGGACUGCCUUGGGGGAUGCAGACGAUGAGGAGGUGCUGCUGAUUGAAGACACUCUCAGCAGCCACACAGACCUGAUGGAUAACGAGUCAGCCAUGUAUGAGGUCCGGAAGCAGUUCAUGAGACAGCUGAGUGCCAUGUCCUCGGAAGGGGAGGGCCAGGGUCGAACUGUGCCCCGCAGACGUCUGGGUCUAGCAGAUAAAGCACAGGCAGCAGAAACAAAGGCAAAUGGAGUGCUGAUCGAAGAGGAGAAAGUGGAGAUGGGCAGGGUGAAGCUGAACUUGUUCUGGGAUUAUGCCAAGGCUGUGGGGCGCUGUACCACACUGGCCAUCUGUCUGCUGUAUGCGGGUCAAAGUGCAGCUGCCAUUGGGGCCAACAUAUGGCUCAGUGACUGGACCAAUGAGGCUGUGGUGGAUGGCCGACAGAACAACACCUCCCUGAGGCUGGGUGUCUAUGCUGCUUUGGGAAUUCUGCAAGGGCUCCUGGUGGUGCUGUCGGCCAUCACGAUGGCGGUGGGCAGUGUCCAGGCUGCACGCCUGCUUCACCAGGCGCUGCUGCACAACAAGAUGCGCUCACCACAGUCCUUCUUCGACACGACGCCCUCGGGCCGUAUCCUCAACCGCUUCUCCAAGGACAUCUACGUCAUCGAUGAGGUUCUGGCCCCCACCUUCCUCACGCUGCUGGGUUCCUUCUACAACUCCAUCUCCACCCUCGUGGCCAUUGUGGUCAGCACGCCGCUCUUUGCUGUGGUCAUCCUGCCUCUGGCUGUCCUCUACGUCUUCGUGCAGCGCUUCUAUGUGGCCACAUCACGGCAGCUGAAGCGGCUGGAAUCUGUCAGCCGCUCGCCCAUUUACUCCCACUUUUCGGAGACUGUGGCUGGCUGCAGUGUGAUCCGGGCCUACGGCCGCAGCCAGGACUUUGAGGCCAUAAAUGAUGUGAAGGUGGACGCCAACCAGAGAAGCUGCUACCCCAACAUUGCCUCCAACAGGUGGCUGGGAAUCCGCGUGGAGUUUGUGGGGAACUGUGUUGUGCUCUUUGCUGCUCUCUUCGCUGUGAUUGGGAGAAGCAGCCUGAGUCCAGGGAUGGUGGGCCUUUCCGUGUCCUAUGCCCUACAGGUGACAUUUGCUCUGAACUGGAUGAUACGAAUGUUAUCAGAGCUGGAGUCUAAUAUUGUGGCUGUGGAGAGAGUCAAGGAGUACUCCAGGACGGAGACCGAGGCCCCCUGGGUGGUUGAGGGCAGCCGGCCUCCUGAGAACUGGCCCCAGAAGGGUGAGGUGGAGUUCCGGAAUUACUCUGUGCGCUACCGGCUUGGCCUGGAGCUGGUGCUGAAGGACCUGAGUUUGCACGUGCGCGGUGGCGAAAAGGUGGGGAUCGUGGGCCGCACUGGAGCUGGCAAAUCAUCCAUGACCCUCUCCUUGUUCCGCAUCCUGGAGGCCGCAGAGGGUGAAAUCCUCAUUGAUGGCCUCAACGUGGCAGACAUUGGACUCCAUGACCUGCGUUCUCGGCUGACCAUCAUCCCCCAGGACCCUAUCCUGUUCUCAGGGACCCUGCGUAUGAACCUGGACCCCUUUGACAAUUACUCAGAGGAAGACCUAUGGCGGGCCUUGGAGCUGUCCCACCUGCACACUUUUGUGAGCUCCCAGCCGGGAGGCCUGGACUUCCAGUGCUCAGAGGGAGGGGAGAAUCUGAGUGUGGGUCAGCGGCAGCUUGUGUGCCUGGCCCGAGCCCUCCUCCGCAAGAGCCGCAUCCUGGUUUUAGACGAGGCUACAGCAGCCAUUGACCUGGAGACGGAUGACCUCAUCCAGGCUACCAUCCGCAUCCAGUUUGAGACCUGCACGGUGCUGACCAUCGCACACCGGCUCAACACCAUCAUGGACUACACCAGGGUCCUGGUCCUGGACAAAGGGACAGUAGCUGAAUUUGAUUCUCCGACCAACCUCAUUGCAGCCAGAGGCAUCUUCUACGGGAUGGCCAGAGACGCUGGACUUGCCUAAAAUAUAUGCCCGGGAUUUCCUCCUGGCCACUCCUGGUUUUCCUCAGGAAGGGAAAGGAUACCAAAUAUGUCUGCAGAAUGGACCUGAAGGCAAAUGCUGGGGGUAUUUGUGAGAUUUUUGCCUGUAAAGCAUCUCAUCGGGUAACCGUGCUAAACGCUGUAGAUGAGAAUGUGAGGCCCAAGAGGUGCCUGACGUGUCCGAGGUCAAAGCUGGUUUGAGGCACAGAGCCCAUACUUGUGCCCAGGUGUCCUGAUACCCAAUCUUGUGUGAUUUCCCCACUAUACUGUUUUCACUCAUUUCAUGGAAUGACCUCCCUACCCCCUAUGACUUUUCAUAUUUUCUACUCUGAAGUAUUUUUUUUUUUUUAAUAAAGCUUUUUUCCUACUGGAACAGAAGACUGCCAGGUCAGGCUGUCCCUAGGAACUGAGUCCUGUACUCUGGAGUGCUGGCCUGAAUCCAUUAAAAAUAGAGCACUGGUGUAAUGAAGCUACGUGGUGAACAUGUAGAGCCUGAUGUAGGCUGUCUCUGCUUGGUCACAGGUGUGGGGGUUAGGACCUUUGCAGGAGGCAGGGAGGAACAGGGAGAGGCGGAAAUUGACUUUAUACACAUCUGCAUGGCUAGAAUUAUCUGAAGACUGUAGACCUAAGAGCUUUGGGCUGGAAAUAUUGUCUUCACAGCCAAAAUUCUCUGGGUCAUUGCCAGUCGUUCCUGCUCUGCUGUGCAGAUAUUAUAAAAAGGUGAGAAAUAAAGCCCCUGAAAUCUGACCCAAGGCCUCUUGGGAAAGCUGCUGUGAACACCUUCAUGUUUAUGUCAUCCCUCAGACCUCUAAGCCUGCUUCUCUAGGGGCUGAGAAGUGCAUGGUGCUUAAUUUCCUUGCUCCUUUAGAAGCCUGUUCCAGUCAGGCCCCCAUAACCAGUGAGGCCUCCAAGUCAUUCAUCUUCCUCAGUCCGGCUGAAGCUGAAUGUGGGAGGGGCACCGAGCCGUCCAGAGGCUGCCCCUGCUCUGACAGUCCCAGGCUGGUAAACGAGGUGAGGGGGUGAAUUAAAUUUGAUUUCUUGAGCAAGCCAAUCAUUUAUUUUCUACGGGUCAGAGUCCACCUGCACAAGGCCUUAUAUUUGGAAUGGAUCUCUUCUUUGUUACCUUACUAAGUUUUCCUAUCUCCUCUCUCAUUUCCUCUACCUUUAUUCUUAGUAUGAUGUGACUGGUGGUGGGUGAUGGCUUCUGAUCAUCCCCCACCCUAAAUGGUUUGCAGUAGGUGCGGAGAUGUUUCCUUUGAUCUGGUUUUUCUGCGUGCAUUGGGUCAGCCUGAGCUGCAGGACCAUUUGUUAAAGGUUAAUCACAUUUUUUUUUUUUUGGCAGGCUCUUUCUGCCCAGGAUGUUUAUGAGUGUAUGGAAGAAGACUUCCAUCCUUGUGAUAAAGCAAGUAUGAAAGCACAAAUGCCCAAAUUAUUCUGCCUCUGCUUGGUGCUAAGAAAAGGUCUUUGCUAUGCUCCCUGAUUUAUUAGACCAAUUUGGCAUGACGUCUGCUUUGUGAGGCUCUGGCUGCCCUAAACCAACAGAAACGCAGAUUCACUCGGCAUCACUGUCAACUAAAAAUUCGAAGGUGUAAGGCUGUAUUUCCUCUCCUGUCUUGGGAGUUUGCUUCUGAGCUCAUUGAGGCCCUGACAGGUGCUGACAGCCCAAAGGAGAGGCUCAGUUGUGUAAAGUAAAUAGGAUAAUCAAAAAAUGUGGUUAAUAGAGGAUGACCUCCAUCUAGCUGGCUCAGCUACUCUGGGGAAAUGAAGCUGACUGCUGUGAACUGGGAGGAAAGACACUGCACGGAAUAUCUGUCUCCAGGUGUCACUGAUAAGGCAUGAGCACCGCAGCAGCAGCAGUAGGAUGCAGGCUCAGGUGGGAAAUGGUCCCUUCCAUCCUUCCUCCGGCGAGUCUUAUCCCUGGGGCUGUCCAACAAUUUGAACCCCGUGAUUAGAAAUAUACUGCUGUUCAAGAAGGUCAAAACUAAAGAAUAUGGGCUCAGUCAGUUAAUAUUUAAUUUUAAUAAUACUUGUUAUAUUUGAACAGUCAGCAAUGCACAAGGAAAAAAAUCUUCAGUAAAUGUUUACACAUAGUGUGAACACAUGCUUGAAAUAUGCGGUGGAGGAGGAGGGGUGAAUUCACAGUUAACAAAGCUAAAAAGAAAUCUUUGUUAUAAAUUACACAAAGCAUAUAAAAAUAUUUCUCUGAAUGCAUAGAUUAAGACUUCAAACUCACCUACCAGCAACUGUGCAGUAUUAUCCUACAGCCAUACAUAUGAGUCACUUAACCACAGAGGACUUUAUAAAGGAGGAGAGAGACCAGUCAAUGCAGGGCCCAUCUCUCACCUGAGAUGCCAAGACCCUUGCUCCCUGUUUCUUAAGCCCUGGAAAGAUACUCUUUCCCACUUCCCAGCCAGGGGCCUCCACUGCUUCUGAGAGUCUCUGAUGGCUGGCUGGAAGAGAUUUAAUCCCAGUGAUUUAGACAUGAAUUAAUACUGAAUUUAUUUCCUCCCGGUAGAACUAGCCUUAAUUUUAUCAGUCAAUUGUAAUUUUUUUCUAAGGAAAGGGGAGAAAAGGUUAGUAUGGCUAGAUAAAUUAGCUUGCGAUUGGUUGAAAUCAAGGGAGGUUUCUUGUUUAAAGUACUGGAAAGAAAGGGAGUAAUAAAUAACCUUUGCUGUGCAAACACUAUACAAGGAAGGGUAAGUGUGUCACCGUCAGUAAUUGGUGGAAUACAGGUAAGUCACUGAACAGAGUGACUCCAUGAAGCUGGCCUUGAAAACACCUCAGCCUCAUCUCAGCAUUUCAGCAGCAGCAGGAGGCUGUCAUCUUAGCACCACGUUCGCUUCCACUGACAUCUUCUGCACAUUCUUUCUCAAUCAUGUUCCAAUAAAAUUAACACAGUUAGGAAGUUAAGUUUCUUUGGAAACUAUAGGCACUAUGGGGAAAAAGCUUCUUAAGACAGGGAGGCUCUUCAACAGCUGGCUUCAAACCCCUGCUCGCCUAAGUGCGCUCCUUCUUAUUUCUGAAGUUAAGCUAUUUUAACAAGACACGUGGCUUUUCUUUUAACACUGAUGAUACUAAAGGAAAGAAAAAGAAUCCUUGACUGCAUUCUUUUAAAAAAUUCUUAUGUCAUGCUCAAGAGUUUAAUCAGGUGUGUUUGUUUUUUCCAGAACAAAGCCUGGUGUAGCCUCACAAUUGACUUCGUUAAGUGGAUCGGUGUGGGUAGUGGGAGAUCCCUAAGAUCAAACAAUUUGUUUAUAAAAGAAACAGAUUUCAGAGUUGUGUAAAAAUCCUAAUAAUUUCAAAAUAACCGUUAUCUUUGAUACAAAAAUAAAGAUGCUAACUCCUUUAGCUCAGUUUCCCAUAAUAACCUUUAAAAUAGCAACAGAUUCAGCCUCAAAAAUUGCUUUUCAUUUCUAGUGGAAAAUGAAAGUGGAGAACAUGGACAGGCAAUGUUUGUGCUCUUCUCUUUCAGUGCAAUUAAACAGAGAGAUGACAAGAAUCAUUUUAGAGUUUGAAAAAAAAAAAAAAA